AUGAUGUUAUGUGCACUCAUUUAUAUUUUUUUAAUAUAUUUCACCAAUUUAGCAUUUUGCAAUAUACAGUGCAAAGAUGAAAACAAUCAAAAUGUUGACUGGUUUAUUAUGUACAAGUUGCCGAAACAAACCCAACACGAAAAUGAAUUAAUAAAAGUCGGUUUGGCUUAUGCAUUUAUAACACCUCAAAAUAUUGGAAAUGGAUGGACAACAAGUGCAGUCUCGAUAAAUAGUUCUCAGUCCAUGCUUGGGUACACUUUGAAGCCUUUAUAUGAAAAUGAUAUAAAUUUAGAGUUUAUAUACAAUGACCAACCUCCAUCAGGAACAGCUGGUGACGAAUAUGGACACUCGAAAGGAAUAUUAUUGGCAGAUCGAAACACUGGAAUUUGGUUAAUACAUUCCGUUCCGCAUUUUCCACAAGUCCAAGAUUCUUUAUACAGUUAUCCAAAAACUGCAACACAUUUUGGACAAAGUGUUUUAUGCGUGACUCUAAACCUAAACACAUUUGAGACAGUGGCCAAUCAACUACUCUACAUCCAUCCAUAUUCUUACAAAAAGAAUUUGCCAGAAUUUGUUGAACCAAAUAAAUAUCCUAGUCUCAAAUCUCUUUUUCGUGGUGAUCAAAUAAUGAAAGCACCGUUUUGGAGCAAGAAUGAGAUACAAAGUUUGAGCAAAGUAAAUUUUCAAUCUUAUGCGAAAAGUAGCAAAUUUAAUAAAGAUUUGUAUGUGGACUGGUUGGCCCAAGAUUUGAGGGAUGAUUUAGAAGUCGAGACUUGGCCUAAUGGACCUGGACGACUUAGGAGUAAUUGUUCAUUACAAUACAGAGUUAACAAUAUUUCUUCGGUGAAGAUUAAUUCAACAAAUUUGGUGUUUAGUGAUCAUGUCGAUCAUUCGAAAUGGGCAAUUACUGCACAAAAAACAUGGAUUUGUAUUGGAGGUGUUAAUAGAGCAGAACAUCAAGAGCAUAGAGGUGGAGGUACUUUAUGCUUAAAUUCUUCAAAAAUUUGGCUUAGCUAUAAAAUGUCUGUUCAAGAAAUCGAAGACUGUCCAUAACUUUUGUAAAGAUGGAAUUAUAAUAAUAAAAGUGAAAAUAAAUUUAAACUUGUAAGUAAAUAACUAGAAAAUGCAUAAUUAGU